AUUCAAUAAUUGAUAAAUAAAAGUUUAGAUAAUAUUUGAAUAUGUGCACUCAGUUUAAUACAUAUCUCAAGCUUGAGAACGAAUUGGAGAAUAAAUGGAUUGUUUAUUAUCUUGGUCUAGCCUGGGCAGCAGAACUAGGAAAUGGAGUUAUACAAACUAUUACAGGACCUAUGCAACCGUAUCUAGCGUUCAACUUAUCCACGGACACAUGGACAAUCAACCUGGUCUGGACUCUUGGGUUCAUUGGGUUCCUGGUCGGGAGUAUACUCACAUCAUAUACAUUCACUAAACAUCUUGUCACAGGUCGAUUGAAACUAAUGACAAUGUUCCUUACUCUUCUUCUCACUGGUUUAUCCACGCUGUCUCUUCCCUUCUCUCCUAAUCUUCCAAUCCUUCUCUUCUGUAGAUUUGUUCAGUUUUUAUGCUACGGGAUAUUUUUGACUGGAGACAGUAUUCUUCUUGUAUUUACUCUUGGUCCUGAGACGAGCAGACCUUUUAUAAACAUUCUUCAUUUCUUCAUCAGCAUUGGGUUUCUUAUUGGAACUUUUCUAGUUCAACCUUUUCUUCCUGAGACAAGUGAAGAGGUGUGCAGAUCAAACAGCAAACUUUUGGAUAAUUCAUCUUUUGGAAAUCUAUCCAAGCUUGACAGUGGGCUCCAGGGGGGCCAGGAGAACCAGGAGAACAGCUCUCUUCAUAUAGAAACAAUUCUUGGGAUUCAAUCCAUUUGUUGGCCCUUUUUAAUAUCUGCAGGUUGGUGUAUUUGUAUCAGCUUUGGAUUUGUUCUUCUAUCCUACUCCAACCUUCAGAUGCCUAAAUUCUACGGUUCAAACUCUUCCAAGAGCAGGACGGAUUUCUCCUCCAAAUCCUCUGAUAAACUAUCUAGGACCGGGAAGAGGAUAUUUCUCGUCCUUGUCGUUCUAUUCUUCUCUCUAUCCGGAGCAGUUGUCAGAGUAUUUCAGUCCAUGACGACAACUUUUGCUUUGUGUGGACCUUUAGCGUUAGAUUCUCACAGUGCUGCUCUUACGGAUUCCUUCUUCUCCAGUGGAAUGUGUUUGGGUCGAAUGUUUAGUGUUCUUCUUUCCACAAUAUUUCUCCCUUCAACCCUUCUCUGCAGUUCAACCCUGUUCUGUGGUGUUGCAUCCCUUCUCCUCCUCCUCCUAGCUCCGCACUUCACAGAGGGAUUAUACUCCGGAGUAUUAAUCAUGGGAUUCUUUGUAUCCUGGCAGUUUGGGACGGGUUUCUCUUGGACUUCUCAGUAUAUGAAUAUUACAGGGAAACUAUCCUCCUUGUUUUUUGUUGGUUUGGGUGUAGGUAGUAUAAUUUCUCCCCCUCUAGCUGGAUAUAUAUUCACCAUAAACUCCAUGUGGGUUCUAUACCUUGCAGCAGUUCUGGUUCUCAUCCAGGUGGUAACAGUAGCACUGCUCCAUCUAGUUUCCAAGAAAGGAUCUAGUGCACAGAAGGAGGAGAGAUAAUGUAAACCCAGCUAACGUAAACCUUGCAUAUUUCAAAAUAAAUAUUCUCAUGUAAC